CGCAGUACGGCGCCGUCAUCUGCCCCUCACAGAAACAGACCACACCAGAACGAACCUGCAACUAAACAUGAGCUUCACAGUCGAAGAGAGGGGGAGUCCUAAUACUCUCGGCUAUCGCUUGUUUUUAAAAAACGGCGAUGGAAAGUACAUCUCUCCAUUCCAUGACAUCCCAAUGUGUGCGGAUGAGGGCCAGAACAUCUUCCACAUGGUAGUUGAAGUACCACGAUGGACAAAUGCCAAGAUGGAGAUAGCUACAAAAGACCCAUUGAACCCAAUAAAGCAAGAUGUGAAGAAGGGCAAAUUGCGCUUUGUUGCCAAUGUUUUCCCACAUAAGGGUUACAUAUGGAACUAUGGAGCCAUACCUCAAACAUGGGAAGAUCCAGGGCACAAAGAUGGAGACACUGGAUGCUGCGGUGACAAUGACCCCAUUGAUGUUUGUGAAAUUGGCAGUAAGGUGUGUUCCCGUGGAGAGGUCAUCAAAGUAAAAGUACUUGGGGUUUUGGCCAUGAUCGACGAGGGCGAGACCGAUUGGAAAGUCAUUGCAAUCAACGUAGAGGACCCCGAAGCCAACGAUUUGAACAACAUUAGUGAUGUACAAAGGUUGAAACCUGGUUACUUGGAUGCUACAGUCGACUGGUUCAGGAAAUACAAAGUGCCAGAUGGGAAGCCAGAGAACCAGUUUGCCUUCAAUGGGGAGUUCAAAGACAAGGACUUUGCCAUUGAGACAAUCAAGAGCACUCACAGCUUCUGGAAAGCCCUUAUCUCCCAAAAGACCAAUGCUGGGGAACUGAAGUGCAAAAACACUUGCAUUUCAACAGGGGACAGUCCUUAUUGCUGCUCAGCAGAUGAGGCCAAAGCUGUUGUUAACGAGACAUGCCCUUGUGGAACACAAGAACCUGUCCCCUCAUCAGUCGACAAAUGGUUCUACUAUGAGAAGUAACCUAACCGCCAGCUAGAUUGGACCAGAGAACAUGCCUUGUCUGCAGAAGGCAUACAUGAAGAUAGUACACACGGUACCAACUUAGACUGGGUUGGGGAUGAGUAUUUCCCUGAUGACUGAAGAUACUGGAUAGAUAUUGUCAGUAGAGAAUUGAGUUAAUUUACUUAUCUAUUGGAAAUGUUUUCUUUAUUUAACAAAUAUCUCUUUGGAGAUGUGCUGUCAAAUGGUUAGCUCAGGUAGUUUUCAGAAUACUUCUUGUAUAUUGUAUGAGACUCUGAACUGCUUUAAUAAAGCUUCUCUGUGCA